UCGGCGUUAUUAUUAAUAGAAAACCCUGGAGUUGCGUAACCUUGUGUUUACAAAACAGGAGAUGUAAGUUAUGCGUGUCCUACUCCGACCACUCGUCGCUCUUAGGACGGUACUGCAUUCGAAGAAGACUGUUCAGUUGAGGCAUCCCUUUACAACAGCAUUGAUUUGGAGAGCAAUGGAAGAUAAGGAAUCUUUGAAAAACCGCUUGACGCCUUUGCAGUACCAUGUCACCCAGGAAGCUGGUACUGAGAGACCAUUCACAGGUUGUUACAACAAAUUUUAUGAUGAAGGCCUGUAUGUAUGUGUAGUAUGUAGACAAGAACUAUUCACCUCAAAAACAAAAUAUGAUUCUGGGUGUGGUUGGCCCGCAUUCAAUGAUGUCCUAUCCAAGGAAAAAGUCACUUUACAUCAGGACACUAGUGCCGUUGGAGCAAAUAUAUUACUGGUUUUAACACGGCCAGGUUUGGUGCGAACUGAGGUGCGAUGUUCCAAGUGCUCGGCUCACCUAGGACACGUGUUCGAUGACGGUCCAGCGCCUACCAAGAAACGUUUUUGCAUUAAUUCCGCCUCUCUGGACUUCAUACCCGCUGAAGAAAGGAAAGAUUAACAGGCCCCAAAAAACUUAUAUAAUUAGUGUAGAAAGCUAUCUAACAAAUUGUAUUUCAAUCAAAAAUGUACAACUAUAAGAGUGUGAGUACAGA